AUGCACAAGACUCAGGACACCUACUUAGAAAAGACCAGAGAAGAUCCUGCACUUUCACUGAAAAUUCCUGUAGGUUCGGUGCAGGCAAGAAGUGAAGCCAGUGGCAGGGGCAUGAAUAGCCUGGCAAAUCCUACAUCAUUUGAAAAUGUUAGAGAGUGGUACCCUGAACGGCAACACCUCUGUACCAACACCCCCAUCAUCCUGGUGGGGACUAAACUUGAUCUCAGGGACAACAAAGAUAUGAUUGAAAAACUGAAGCAAAAGAAGCUGACUCCCAUCACCUACCCACAGGGUUCCAUGCUUCCACGCAGUGCAACGACAAAGUCUCUGCUCAUUAUAGGCAUUGAGGCUGAUGGAGGCUCUGUUUCAAUACUUGCUUCUAACAAUCACCAAGCCACAAGGAGAGGACUCGUUCUGAGUCGCACCAACCGGCCACCUCUGUCCCUUUUCCGGAUGAUCCGGAAGAUGAAGCUGCCUGGCCGGGAAAACAAAACCGCUGUGGUUGUCGGGAUGAUAACCGAUGACGUGCGGGUCCAGGAGGUGCCCAAACUGAAGGUGUGCGCGCUGCGUGUGAGCAGCCGUGCCCGGAGCCGCAUCGUCAAAGCUGGAGGCAAGAUCCUCACCUUCGACCAGUUGGCCCUGGACUCCCCCAAGAGCUGUGGCACCGUCUUGCUCUCUGGUCCGCGCAAGGGCCAAGAGGUGUACAGGUAUUUCGGCAAGGCCCCAGGGACCCCACACAGCCACACCAAACCCUACAUGCAAUCCAAGGGCCGGAAGUUCGAGCGCGCCAGAGGCCGCAGGGCCAGCCGAGGCUACAAAAACUAACCCCAGAACCUGCCUUGUUAUUAAAAAGAUUUGGACUGUUAAAAAAACAAAACAAAACAAAAA